AUGAUAAAUAUUCAAUUAGAAGAAAAUAAUGGAUCAGAACAUGAAAUAAUUGAUGAAAUAAAUGAUUAUCUUAACACACGUUAUCUUUCUGCUAUGGAAGCAGCUUGGCGUAUUUUUAAGUAUAGAAUGGCUUCACAAACACCAUCUGUAACAUAUUUACCGAUUCAUUUAUCUGAAGAACAAAUUAUUCUACGUGGAAAUAUAAAUAAUAAUCUAUCAUCAUUACAAUGUUAUUUUCUUCAUCUAUUAAAUCCUGAAUUUGACAACCUUACAUACUGUGAAUACAAUGAACUAUAUCUUUUUAAUUAUGCAGAAGAAUCAAUUGAUCAAAACUCAUUACUACCAAAUACUUAUUUAGAAAACAAACAAGAAGGAUAUCGUCAAUGCAUUGUUAAGCCUUACAAGCAAGGUCAUUUACAUGUAGCACAAAUAAAUAUAGUACAUCCAUGUAUAGGUGAAAAAUAUUACCUUCAUAUACUCUUAAAUCAUCGUGCAACUAGAUCCUUUGAACAUUUACAAACAGUAAAGAAUAUAGAAUAUCCAACUUUUCAACAAGCAGCACGAGCUUUAGAUUUAUUAGAUGAUAUUACUGAAAAUGAACAAUGCUUUACCGAAGCAGUAUCUUAUAAUUGUAUACCAGCACAACUUCACUUACUAUUUUGUCAUCUAAUAUUAAAAGGCAUAGCACCGCAAACCAUCUGA